AUGGCUGAGAACAAGAAGCAUGAAGUACAACAUCAACCGUCAACACAAGGCUUGAACAAUUCUAAGCUUACAAAGGUGGGUGCAGAUGAACUUAAAAGGAAGCUCGAUGCAAUUCAUCAUAUGAAUAAUAGCGUGCCAACAAGUGUAAGCCAAGAUCGGAGUUGUGCAAAUUCUACUCAGCCCACAAUCAAUCAAAGGCAGCAGCAGAUUAUUCAAGUCACACAUGGUAGAACUCAAAAAAGGCAACAUGACACUACUUUGCCGAGUUCAAACACUACCUCACAAGCUGAAGAUUUAAUGUUGGAGCAAGAGGGAUCAAGAAAGGAAAAGAGCAAGCCAAGGGUAAGGGCUACAACUAUUGAUGAAUUUUUAAAAGAAAAUGGGAUAGAUGUAGAAAUUGACGGACUAAGCUCUGAACUAAGUGAUGAUGUGGGAGAUAGCUUUCCACUUGAUGAAAAUUAUUAUUCACAUGUGAUGGAGGACAUUGAUGAUGACGAAGGAGAGCCAAAGAAGAAGAAAACUCGGGGAAAAAUAACUUGCAAAGAGAUUUAUGCAAGAACUAUGGAUCAGCGGGAAGAAUUUAUUUUUGAUAUUGGACAGCCAGUAGGACCAACCGAUCAAAGUGUGUCUAAUUUAACUAGUUUCGUAGGCACAAUUGGUAGAAAUAAAAGAUUUGAAGGUGCGUAUAACACUGUUGAUAUCAUGCAGACCAAGUUUAUCCUCCCAGAUAGUGGAGAAAAGUGGGUGAUCCAAGCAAUUCGGGAUGCUUGGAAGCGGUUCAAGGGAAAGAUUAAGCAGAAGCACUUUGUUCCCUUUGAUACCAUCGAAGAUAUGUCGAUAAGUGAAAAAAACAAGAAACAUAAAGAACAGCAAAAGUUUCCACAUCGCAUGGGGCCAAUCAAUUUCGGAAGAGUACGAGUGGCUCUGCGCGCGACAAAGGAAACAAAUGAGGAACCAAAAAGGUUUGAAAUGUUCCUUGGUACUCGAACAAGUCGGAAAAGGAAGGAAAUUGAUCAGCAAACACAAGAUGCAAUUGAUGAAUUCCAAAACCGCCAAGCUGCUGGUGAAACAGAUGAGGAAGCUUUUGAGUCUUUAUUUGGAAAAGAACAACCAGGUCGGGUUAGGUGCUAUGGAAGAUCUGUUACACGAAGUGACUUAAAAAAGCAUGCAGAAAUUUCUGAACUCAAGCAACAACACCAAGAGGAAGUCACAUCUUUGAAGGCUGAACUUGGAGACAUGAAGGCCAAACAGCAGCACCAAGAGGCUGACCUUCAUGGAUUGCAAAACAUGAUUAAGUUACUAGUUCAGCGAUCUGAACCUGGAAUGAGGCCGGAAGAAAUUGAAGCUUUGUUACAAGAUGCCCAACACUCUCCAAUUAAUGCAAAUAGCGCUCAUGGAUCAACACAUAUUCCAAACAUAAAUAUGGAUAAUUCUGAAGAUGCGAGUGAAGAUUGA